GGGCUGCCACAGAAGGACCUUGUUCCCUCCUGGACAGUGCUUGGAGCAGGGCUGGGAUGGGCUUGGAUGCGUUCUGUGUCUGCCUUGUCUCCGGGCUUUAAAUAUUCAUGCUUUUGAUUUCCUCUUAGCGGGCAGCGGCACAGGGGCUGGAGUGAGUUGUGGGGUGGAGAGUGGCCGUGCUGAACCCAGCAGCAGGGCAGAGGGAGCUGGAUCUGGUCCUGGAUGAAGACAAUGGGAUUUGUUCCUGGCCCAGUGUUGGAGUGGCAAGGGUCUUGAGGACCUCCAGGCUGGGGACAGCAUUCUGAGCUCCCCUCCCUGUACCAGCAGCUUCCUGGCGUGUCGCUGCAGCCCCAUUUCCUACCUGCUGUGGUGCAUUGCUCUCAAUCUGAACGGAUCUGCACAUCCUUACUGACACCGAUCACAAUUGAUCGGCUGUGCCUGCAAAGUGCCGGGCAGCCCCUGGACCCGCUGCCCAGCGUCCCAGGCCCAGCUCUCCCUGCCAGCCAUGCUGGGCUGGCGUGGACCUAGUGCAGAGCUCAGCCAAGGCUUCUGCUUGGGGGCAGCUUCCCGGCAGCUGCAGGCACUCGGACUCUCUGUGGGGCCUCUGUGAGGCCCAGCUGGCUGCAUCCACCCUACUGCGACUCUGGACAGGGCGGCUGUGGCCCUUCUCACCUGUCUCCAGCAUGGAUCUCCUGCAAAAGAGCAAAUACAGCCACCUGCGGAAUGAGUCUGUCUCCUCUCCAGAGGAGGCCAUGGCGGGCCUGGGAGUCCCGCCCUCCCCAAUGGAGUCCUUUGCAAGCAUGCAUUCUCUGCCUGGUUCCCUGUCCUCCUCCUCCCUCAGCCAUGCUGCACCUCUCGGGGAGCACUCACCUGAGUUGGAGGAGAGCCCUACCACCCUCUGCUCCUUCUUCCCCAAAAUGGCCAACCUGAAGCUCUCCAAUCCUGCCAACUUGCUCAGCUUGCGGGGCUCUUCAGCCGGCAGCAACUCAGGGGAACCUGGUCCCCCUGGGAUGCCAGCACUGGUGCCAGGGGUUGCUGCCAGCCCCAGCUCAGUGAGACCUGUCACUGUCUGUUCCCAGGAUAUGAACAAACUGAGCUGUGGGAAGAAGACGCGGGUGGAAGGUGGCCAGCUGGGGGGUGAUGAAUGGACCCGCCAUGGCAGCUUUGUCAAUAAGCCCACCCGUGGCUGGCUGCAUCCCGAUGACAAGGUCAUGGGCUCUGGGGUCUCCUACCACGUCCGGUACAUGGGCUGUGUGGAAGUGCUCCAGUCCAUGCGGGCUCUGGAUUUCAACACCAGGACACAGGUGACCAGGGAGGCCAUUGGGCUGGUAUGUGAGGCUGUGCCUGGUGCCAAGGGAGCCAUGAGGAGAAGGAAGCCCUGCAGCCGCUCCCUGAACUCCAUCCUGGGCAAGAGCAACCUGAAGUUUGCAGGCAUGCCCAUUACCCUGACCAUCUCCACCAGCAGCCUCAACCUCAUGGCCUCAGACUGCAAGCAGAUCAUCGCCAACCACCACAUGCAGUCUAUAUCCUUCGCAUCAGGGGGAGACCCGGACACAGCUGAGUAUGUUGCCUAUGUUGCCAAAGACCCCGUCAAUCAGAGAGCCUGCCAUAUCCUGGAGUGUCCUGAAGGCUUGGCACAGGAUGUGAUCAGCACCAUAGGGCAGGCCUUUGAGCUGCGCUUCAAGCAGUACCUGAAGAACCCUCCAAAGCUGGUGACGCCCCACGACAGGAUGGCAGGGUUUGAUGGCUCUGCCUGGGAUGAAGAAGAGGAGGAACCAGCCCCAGAUCACCAGUACUACAACGACUUCCCUGGCAAGGAACCUCCCAUUGGGGGGGUCUUGGACAUGCGGCUGCAGGAUGGGGCUGCUCAGACCCCAAAUCACUUGGGUGCCACACUGCCUGUCGGCCAGUCAUCCAGUGGGGACUAUGACCCCCAGAAGCAGCAUGCUCCUGCCCAAGCAGGGAGAGAGAAAUACCCAGCUCCAGCAGGCACAUCUGGCCGCAUGGACCUGUUUGAUGACCCGUCUUAUGUCAACGUGCAGAACAUAGACAAGACACGUCAAGCUUCAGCUGCUGGCACCCCAGCCACGGCCAAUGGCAGCACACAGAGGGACCUUUUUGACAUGAAGCCCUUUGAAGAUGCCCUGCGUGUGCCCCCAUCUGUGCCUGUGGGGCUGCCCCCCGCCCAGGUGGUGGCCUCCAUGGAGGAGCAGCUGAGACGGGAGCACUGGUACCAUGGGAAAAUGAGCCGCAAGGAGGCUGAGAAGCUGCUGAAGGUGAAUGGAGACUUUCUGGUGCGGGAGAGCACCACCACCCCAGGCCAGUAUGUGCUGACUGGCUUGCAGGGUGGGCAGCCCAAGCAUUUGCUGCUCGUCGAUCCUGAGGGAGUGGUGCGGACAAAAGAUCAUCGCUUUGAGAGCGUCAGCCACCUCAUCAGCUACCACAUGGACAAUCACCUACCCAUCAUCUCGGCCGGCAGUGAGAUGUGCCUGCAGCAGCCAGUGGAGAGGAGACUGUGAGCGCCUGGGGACCCCAGUGCACAGCACCCCCAAUGCACAGCCCUCUGGCCAUGUUAUAUGCUCCAGGGAGCACUCAGACUCUUCUAGGUGCUCCACCUAGGUGCACCAUCCUGAGCAUGGACUUGGCUGAGAACAGGGCUCUCUCCUUCCACCACAUGGAGCUGGUGGCCAUGAGAGGCUCAGGCUGUGAGUGCCUGCAGGGUGGGGAACUGUUCUUGCGAAGCCCCUGCCCCUCCAGCUCCAGCCUUUGCUCCUACCAAAACCCAGUCCUGCUGUUGUGCCACAGCCAUUCUUGUGCUCGCCAGCAUGGGCUCAGGACUGGCAGGGCUGAGCCCCCCUGAGCCAGAGGCAGCCUGUCCUUAUCUCUGGCCCCUGGGCCAAGAAAGGGGCCCAUGGGGGGCUCUGCUCCUCCAAGCACGAGGCCCUCGACUGUACCCAGAUCACUUUACGUGUUAACUCUGUGCCUUGACCCCGCAGGUCCCACACUCUUAUGCAAGAGCAGGGGCUGGUUACAGAGCCUCCCCCAUGCUCCGACCACCCUCUACCCCAUCCAUGACAUGCUUGUGCUCCAGGACAUCCACCACCACGUCCCCCUCCUCCCUGCCCGUCUCGGCCGGGCGCGGGCAACUCUGGCAGCCCUGGGGUGUUGGCGGGAGGGACCUCCCCUGCAUGCACAGUGUAACUCUCCCCAAGCCAAAGCGCAGCCCCGCCCCUCGCAGGCCCCUGGCCCCGCUAUACCAAAGGAACUGGCGGUUGUAUUAAAGUUGGUAUUUCUCUA